UCCGGGCCGAGGCCGGAGCGGGAGCGGCACCGGCACGGACACCGAGCCCGGCGGGCCCGGCCGCCGCGCCAUGCGAGCGGGCUGAGCGGCGGGCAGGGCCGCGGCAGGCACCGAGCGGCCCGCGAACGCGCCUCCGGAUCCAAGGUGCUGCUGUCUCACCCUGCCAGGAGCCUGAGGUCCCUUGUGCCCAUCCGCUUCCCAACGUCACCAAUGCGACCAUGGGAACUGGCAGUCAAUAGGCGGCCACCCUCUGCCCCUUUUAACCAGCGCCGUUUCUCGGGGGGACCCUGCAGCAGCCCUGAUCAUCUCCGGAGAAGCCCCCCUGCCAGGCGUCAGUGGGGACGACACGACCGACCUCUGGCAACCCUGCUGGGCCAGGAUGAGCCCCAGCUGCACCCUGCCUUCCCCCAGCAGCCGCACGGCCCUGUAGAUGAGCCCCGUGCCUACGCUCUCCCCAGCACGCCGCCACGAAUGCUUCACCCGGCCGCUCACCCGCCCCACCAGAACCCAUUCAUGGUGGAUCUGCAUGACCAGGUGCACCAGGGACCCGUCCCUCUCUCCUACACGGUUACCACCGUCACGACGCAAGGCUUCCCCAUCCACGCCGGCCAACACAUCCCUGGGUGCAGCACCCAGCAGCUCCCAGCAUGCUCAGUGAUGUUCAGUGGACAGCACUACCCGCUCUGCUGCCUCCCGCCCCCGCUGAUCCAGGCAUGCGCCAUGCAACAGCUCCCCGUCUCCUACCAGACAUUCCCCCCCAUCAUCUCCAGCGACCAUUACAUCCUGCACCCCCCUCCACCACCAGUGCCCCCCCACCAGCCGCCCCACAUGGCCCCCCUGGGGCAGUUUGUACCUCUCCAAGCCCAGCACCCGCGCAUGCCUCUGCAGAGGAUAGACAAUGAUGUGGACCUACGAGGGGAGCAGCACCCCAUCGCAGGCUUCACGUACCCCCCGUCCCACCAUGCCCCCACGCUCUCCCCCUCUGUGCCGCUGCAUUACCUCCCCCACGACCCGCUGCACCAAGAGCUGCCAUUUGGUGUGCCAUACCCCCACAUGAUGCCCCGGCGGCUGAACACCCAGCGGUACCGGCUGCAGCAGGCGCUGCCCCCCCCGCCACCCCCUCCGCCACCCCCACCGUACUACCCGAGCUUCCUGCCCUAUUUCCUCUCUAUGCUUCCCGUGUCGCCGACAGCGGUGGGGCCCACGAUCAGCCUAGACCUGGACGUGGAUGAUGUGGAGAUGGAGAAUUAUGAGGCGCUGCUGAACCUGGCUGAGCGGCUUGGGGAGGCCAAGCCACGGGGACUCACCAAAGCAGACAUCGAGCACCUCCCGUCCUACCGCUUCAACCCCGAGAGCCACCAGUCUGAGCAGACCCUGUGUGUCGUGUGCUUCAGCGACUUCGAGGCCCGGCAGCUUCUCCGCGUCCUUCCCUGCAACCACGAGUUCCACGCCAAGUGUGUUGACAAAUGGUUAAAGGCGAACCGCACGUGCCCCAUCUGCCGGGCGGACGCGUCGGAGGUGCAGCGGGAGGCGGACUGAGGCUGGCGGGCGCUGUGCCGCACAAUUCGCUAGGGAUGAGGACGCCGGGCCAGGGGCGGGGGCUGCUGCCCGCUGCCAGGGCCUGAACCUGUGCUUACCCCCCACCCCCAAAGCCUCUCCUCGGAUGUGGUGAGCAUUGAGCAGUCCGGGCUCCCGGCCAGCCCUCCUCCCCGCCGGGGCACGGACUCGGCCAGACGCCUGCCCGCUGCGCUCCUGCGGCCCCGAAACGUGUUGUGCUGGAGGCAGGAGGCGCGUGGCCGUGUCCUCCAUGCUCCAAAGACGCUGUUGUUGCUCCCAUCACUUCCCAGGUUUCUGUACUCCGCUAGGGAAUUAGUGUUUUUUUUUCCCUUUGUCACCUUUUUUUUUUUUUAAUUAUUUUUCAUGGUAGGAUUUGUUUUGGUUUUUUUCCCCCAUUUCCUUUUUGACCCAGCGGUGCGGGCAGCUCCUCCCCUCGGGGAGGUUUGUGGGGAGGAGAGGAGGGAGAGCCGUGGGUUUGAAGCCGGCGGCACCCUGAGCUGGAGCGCCUGGCCGGCCCUGGGGGCAGCCGGAGGAGGUGGCCAGCGGAGCCAUGGUGGGACACCAGCAACCCCGGGGCAGGAACACCUCCGUCCCUGCACGCAGCCUCUCCUCCCUCAGCUGCCCCAGGGAGCCCUGGAGGGUUAUGGCUGCUUGGGGUUUUUCCCAGGUGGGAGGACAGUUGUCCCUGACCCCUCUCCCCGUUCAUUCCCCCAUGCCUGGCUGGUGCAGGUUUUGGGGCCAGGCCAUGUGUGGCAUCCUGUGAGGCAUCCAGGCCCAAGGGGGCUACCCCAGCCCAAUCCUUGUGGCCAUGGGCAUGCAGUAGCCCCAGUGUGCUGCCAGGCUCCUGCUAUUUCUCUGUCCCACCGCCAUAAAUCAAAAUAGCCCCGGCUGGGCAGCACAGUGCGGUGCCCCUGGCCAGUGGGCAGCGGGGGGCCGGCAGCGGGAGCCCCCGGCCCCUGGAACAGGGGUGUUAUCCGUGACCUCGUGGAAUAUUUUCAGUGCUACCCCUGGCCCUACCCUGGCCGGUGUCGGGGGGGAGCUGUGAGCAGCCCCCUGCCCGCAUGGGGCCAGGCGGGCUGGUUUGGGGGGGGAGAAGGGGCCGCCAUGCUGCCACCCGACUCCAGCAAUCCCGCGUGGCCGAAGUUGUUUUGCAUGAUUAAUUAGUGAGGAGGGUGACAGGAGGCAGCGGUGGUGGGGGGGGAUAGGCCCGCCCUCCCCUCAUGGCGCGUGUUGCUGACGCCUGGCAGCCUCCAAGCGGACGCCAGCCCUAUGUAAAUGUUCACAAAUAUGCAUGCAUGUCUGACCAGC